UCGAGCAUGAGGAUCGCUUUGCGAGAAUUGCAUCAGCUUAGGUGUUUCUUGAUAAUAUCAACGUAUCCAAGGUAUUCUUCUUCUGAUUCCUUUCCCAAAAUGGUUCUGGAUCUAGAUCUUUACAGGGCUGACAAAGGAGGUAACCCGGAAAAAAUUCGUGAAAAUCAGAGCAAGCGAUAUAAGGACACCACCUUGGUAGAUCAAGUAGUUGAAGCGGAUGCAAAAUGGAGGAAAUUACGAUUCUCUGCUGAUAACUGGAAUAAACUCAAGAAUGUAUGCAGUAAGCAGAUCGGCGAAAAGAUGAAGCGAAAAGAACCUGUUGGUGACAGUGAUGCACUACCUCAAAGUAUAGUGGAUGCAUUGGAAGUAAUUACUCCAGACAUGUUAGAGGACUUAACAGUUACCCAGAUCAAGGGUGUACGAACACUCAUUGAUGAAAAUAUGGCCAAAUGCAAUGAAGAAGUUGGGAAGGUGGAACAACUAAGGAAUGAGAAGUUAUUCGAAGUUGGCAAUCUUUUGCAUGAGUCAGUUCCUAUUAGUAACGAUGAGGAUGACAACAAGGUUGAAAGAACUUGGGGUGACAGUUCUAUCAGGAAGAAAUACUCUCAUGUGGAUCUGGCUUAUAUGGUAGAUGGAGUUGACACUGAGAGAGGUGCAUCUGUGGCAGGCAGCAGAGGCUAUUUUCUCAAGGGGCCUCUUGUAUUCUUAGAGCAAGCUCUCAUUCAGUUGGCAACACGGAUGUUGUACAAGAAAGGUUUUGUUCCUCUCUACACACCUUUUUUCAUGAGGAAGGAAGCUAUGCAAGAAGUUGCACAAUUAAGUCAGUUUGAUGAAGAGCUGUAUAAGGUUAUCGGUAAGGGUGCAGAUGAAACAGGUUAUGAAGAAAGAUACCUUAUUGCUACGAGUGAACAGCCAAUUGCUGCAUUUCAUCGAGGUGAAUGGAUGGCUGCAAAUGAACUUCCCAAGAAAUAUGCUGGAUUCUCGUCAUGCUUCAGACAAGAAGCAGGGGCUCAUGGAAGGGACACUCGUGGCAUCUUUAGGGUACAUCAGUUUGAAAAGGUGGAGCAAUUUGUUAUCUGUUCUCCUCAUGAUGGUAUUUCUUGGCAACUUUUUGAUGAGAUGAUUGCAAGUGCUGAGGAAUUUAAUCAAGCUUUAGGAAUUCCUUACAGAAUUGUAAAUAUUGUUUCUGGUGAACUCAACAAUGCAGCCGCCAUGAAGUACGAUCUGGAAGCUUGGUUUCCAGGUAGCGGUGCUUUCCGUGAAUUAGUUUCUUGCUCAAACUGCACGGAUUACCAAGCAAGAAGAUUGCAAGUUCGUUUUGGACAAACCAAGAAAAUGGGAGCGCAGACGGAAUACGUUCAUAUGCUCAACGCUACGAUGUGCGCUGUGUCGAGAACCAUUUGUGCGCUAUUAGAGAAUUAUCAAACAGAAGAAGGAAUCGCUCUCCCCCCUGUUCUGAAGCCUUUACUUCCCGAAGGCUUGGAUUUUAUUAAAUUCGUCAAACCAGCUCCAAUUGACGAGAAACCAGAGGCGAAGAAACAGAAGAAAAAGACGAAAAAUAAAGCCGGCAGCCAGAGUGAGGGAUGUUUAGAGGCUAAAAUGGAAAACAUGGGCGUUGGCAAAGAGUGAACACUGAAUUCUCAAGAAAUCAAUUGGCUUUGCCUAGUGAAUGGCCUUGUUGCACGAUGGCAAUUGGCUUAAUAUCUAACUAAGUAGUUUGUGUAGGUGGCACAAGCAAAAAUUUAUGUUCCCCCCUUAACUCUGCUUCUUUAAACAAACCUUUCAACUUGACUUCAAUGUAAGAGUAACGAUGUUACACUCACUUCAUGAGAUAGUGGUUCUCUGCGGUCAUCACAAUUUUUUCCACCAGUAAAUUCACACAAGAAAACAAACAAGCGACAGCCAGUAGGUAAGUCUGUGGACACUUUACCAAUCACAGCCGUGAUAGUUGCGAUAACUUUUUUAACAGUUGACAUCAAGCGUCUUCUUCCGUCAGCUGAGUGUAAGAUCCUCACUCUCUAUAGAAUGAGUAAACGUAAAAAUAUUGUUACUUAAAUUACGGCAUUAUAAGCGAAAGGUACGGUUAACUAGACUGCAGAAAAAAAGUUGAUUGUAAGCUGUAUUUUGUUUGUGUUUAGUUAAAUUAAUUAAACAUCCGGUGGAAAAGCGGGA